ACCCGCUGUUCGUUUCCCCUCGCAGCCCCCUCAGCCGUCGCGCUGCAACCGAGGCCCGCGCAGCGGUGCCGACGCUCAGCGCGAAGGUGACAAUGCGGCCUCUCCAGCGGAAGCGGCAGCGGCAGCCUCCGGCGUGGGAAAGGGGCAUCACGGUGGGCCACGCGGAGGAAGCCAGCUUCUGAUGCGUUCUCUUCACACCUCCUCCUCCUACCUCCUCUUGGGCAGCGGCUCCGACGGUCCCCUCCCUCCCCGCCUCCUCUUCCUUUCCUGGCGGCAGCGGCCGCGGUUGCCACGGCAGGGGAAAAAUGAGUAGGGCGGCGGCGGCGGCACUUCUCCUCUGCCUACUGGGCUGCAACGUGUGGAAGGCGGUGACCAAAACCUUGGCGGCGCCCGAUGCGGCUCAAGAAGUGACUCUGAAGGUUCAUGUCAGUGAUGCCAGCACACAUCAGCCAGUCACAGAAGCCUUUAUCGAGAUUUUUACCAACCAGGUUCCAAUUGCUUCAGGAAACACCAGAGCAGAUGGCACUGCCUUCAUCAAGUUUCAGUAUAAGCUGGACAGUCAGCUAAUAGUUACUGCAACUAAACAAGCUUAUGUGCCAAACUCUGCGCCAUGGAAACCUGUAAGAUUGCCGGGUGCACGGAUCCAACCCAAAGUCCAUUUUCAAAGAAGAGCCCUGAGGCUACCAGAGAAUACUAGCUAUAGUGACCUCACAGCAUUUCUUACUUCAGCUAGUUCACCCUGGGAAGUGGACAGUUUUCCUUAUUUGCAAGGCUAUGAUGGCAAUGGAACUGGAAAUAACACUAGGUAUGAUCUUACUCCUGUCACUGCAGUUAGUGUUCAUUUACUCAGAAGUGAUGGGACUCCAGUUCCAGUGAAUGGGCCCAUCUAUGUAACAGUGCCUCUACCUGCAACCAACAACUUGAAACAUCAUACUCACGUGCCAGCUUGGAGGUUUGACCAAAAAUUUGGAACGUGGUUAAAAAGCAAUUUAGGCACUAUUGAACAAGAAGGAAAUGGAUUGACGUGGACCUAUAUUGCCUCCCAGCUGGGAUAUUGGGUUGCAGCCAUGUCACCCACAAAUCCAGGAGAAAGUGUUUGAAGCCCCGUCAACAUCGUAAGAAACUACAGUUAUCCUCAACACUCAGUGGUGCUAAGAAGGAUCAAUCAACUUCCAUGUCCCAUCUCAAUUUAGUAUUUUCCCGACGUGAAUCAGAAUUUCCUGGUGGGCUCUCCAUUACUGGCAACAGGCAUCCAGAAUCCUCUGGCCACAAGGAACUGAUAGUGGCUGUUCACUUGGACAAAGGAUGUUCUGGAGAAGUAGAUAUGCAUACCCCUAUGCUGCAACAUACUUACAGCACUUCACAGGAAUUUAGCUCCAGGGAAGAAUCACUUUCCCAUAAGGAAAAUGACCGUAGCCGCAUGUCUCUAGAAAAUAUGGCUUCUAAUGACAGUUUGAAAAAAGACUAUCUUCAAUCAUUGGAUUCUUUUUCUAUAAAUCCAAGAAAGUCUUUGGAAAUGACAGAAGGGUAUGGUUCUCCUGAUCAGGGGGACCAUAGACACAGUUACAAUGCAAUGUUGUUAAGCCGGCCUUUAUUUGAGAAGCAAGAGCAAACAUCCAUGAAUCAUAUUUCUACAGGGAGUAAAUAUAAUCUUCAGGAACAAGUAUACCCUAUCCCUUCAACCCCUGAAACGGAGCUUCUAGAUUGCAGGUCCUCUGAAUGUAUGAUGUCUCGCUCCGUUGACCAUCUUGAAAGACCCACUUCUUUUCCUCGACCAGGUCAUCUGAUCUGUUGUAAUUCUCUUGAUCAGGUUAAUGAUAGUGUUUACAGAAAAGUGUUGCCCACAUUAGUCAUUCCUGGUCAUUAUAUGAAACUUCCAGGAGAACAUCCUUAUAUUAGCCAGCCUCUCUCUACUGAUCAACCAGUAGAUAUAGAAAGGCUCCAGGUUGAAUUAUCCAGCCCUCAUUCACAGCUUUAUCCACAUUCUCAGCAACAGAUGCAGCCACAACAGCUAACUGCUCAAGCAGUAUCCCAGCAACAUUUGCAAGACGUUGGUGCAGGUGACUGGAAACCACAGAAUGUUGCAAUGUCUGAAUCUGUGUCCAUUCCAGCAUCCCUCAAUGAUGCCUCCCUGGCACAAAUGAAUAGUGAAGUUCAGCUUCUUACUGAGAAAGCUCUAUUGGAGCUUGGUGGAGGAAAGCCUUUACCUCAUCCCCGGGCAUGGUUUGUUUCUUUGGAUGGGCGUUCCAAUGCUCAUGUUAGACAUUCCUACAUUGAUCUUCAAAGAGCUGGAAGGAAUGGGAGCAAUGAUGUCAGCCUGGAUUCUGGGGUUGACAUGAAUGAGCCAAAAUCUGCCCGAAAGGGAAGGGCAGAUCACUUACAACAAACCCACCAGCAAGUGCAGAUACAUCCACAGAAAGAGCAGAAAAUUCCAGAGAGUAGCACUUAUACCCAGCUUGUUUAUUUGGAUGAAGUAGACCAAAGUGGCAGUGAAUGUGGAACUGCAGUUUGUAGUCCUGAAGAUAAUACUCCAAGAUGUGUGUUGGAGGGAGGCAGCAGAAGAACAGGUGGCCAAUUGCCCAGCCUGCAGGAAGAAACAAUAAAAAGAACAGUAGAAAGUUCACCAGAGCCUUUAAUAAGUCCAGAACAUAAAAUAACCGAACACAGUGAAGCUGAUGAUAAUGAUGAUGACGAUGAUGAUGAUGACGAUGAUGAUGAUGAUGAUCAAGGGGAAGACAAAAAGAGUCCCUGGCAAAAGCGAGAGGAAAGACCACUCAUGACAUUCAACUUGAAGUAACCUCUGUUAGAUUUUAUCUUUUCCCCCAAGAGAAUAUAUAAUUGCCAAAUAUUUUUGUUUGUUUAUACUUACAGAAGAAAAAAGAUGAUGAAGUAAUCUUUGUGGUGGGUUACAACUGAGAAGGUUCACUCAAGAUAAUUUUUGUGAAAACUCACCUAAUUAUUUUGCAAAGUCUGUAUGAAACUGUGACUUUGAAUUCCAUUUACUUGAUACUGGCCAUCAAGGACAUUUGGAUAUUUUGACGUGGUAUGGCAGAUUAUAACCUCAAAUUUUCCUGAAAAUGGAUCUAUGUAAAACUUUAUUAUUAUUAUUAUUAUUUCUUAAUUCAAAUGUAUCAUAAUGAUGCUACUGAAAGGGUAUCUUUAAGUAGAGUUCAACACUUGACAUCUACAGAUAUGCAUUAUUUU